AUGGAGAGCAGCAGCAGCUUUGGCGCCAAAGUAGCCAUCCCUCGGUUCAAGCGGCCCGACCAACAGACUGUUCUUCCGAGGCCUCCCCGUAUUCGUCCUGAGAAAGUGGAUAAGGCAUGCAGUAGAUGCCAGAAGCGCAAAAUAAAAUGCUCUGGCACUAGACCGCGCUGCAUCAGCUGCACGAAGUAUGACGAGGAUUGCAUCUAUCGUCUGUCACGUCGGGACCGGCUAAGAGAGGCCAUUCACAAAAUUGAAACUCUCUCUACACUGCUCGAGGACAUCCGUGGCGCCCUCGAUGACGAGCAUACAAAGAGGAUUGAUGACGCACUCAAAGAGUUUGAGAAUGACACACUUCCACUAUCGCCAUCCGUACGCGCCAAGCCAUGGAAGAAACAAUUGAAGAUGUCAUCGUCUGAUGAAACAAAUUGCGACAGGCAGGCGUUUGACGAGGCUCAUGUCUUAUCCGUAGUGGGCUCUAAUGAGGAUCUCGAUUUCCUAGAAGAAGAACUGGGAGACCUCGGAUCAAUUGAGACGGGCUAUAUGGGUCGCAGCUCUCAGAUCCAAUGGAUGCAGACUUUGGAACGAAAGCUGGAUCAGUCUGGAGGCGGGCCGUUCGACAUGCCGUAUGCGGCACCUAGAGAUAACAAGGGAGCUUCCUCUAAACGCCCUGAUGCACCUUAUGAACAUCAAAAGCAGUCAGCAAGUAUUGGACCUCUUUCGAGUUACUACUUCUAUCUUGAUAACACUGACAUCAAUAUCGACAUCGACGAUCUAGAUGUUCUUCCACCUGUCGAGAUAGCCAUAAAACUGUUCGAGUCCUAUCAGAUAGCGGUCCAUGAUCCGUUCCGGAUCCUUGACAGCUCAUUCGAGGAGCAAUUACAAAUGUACUAUCGGGUUUCCCAACCCAGCGUACACUUCCUAAGGUUGAAUCAAACUACGACACUCAUUUGCGCUCCUGACAUAUCACUCAUACAAGCGACUGGGCUUCUCUCUUUCUACUAUCUGAUUAUGGGUUAUUUUAGUAGGGCUUGGUGUGUAAUCGGCAUGUCCAUUCGAUAUGCGCAGGCAGCUGGUCUCCAUAUUAGAAAUGAGGAUCCCUCUGUUGCGACGAGCAGAAAGAAUGCAUUGGCAGAACUCUGGUGGACCCUCCAUUCAAUUGAAUGUUUCCUCACUUCCAUAACGGGACAACCACGUUUCAUAGCAAGAAAGGACUGUACAGUCCCUCUUCCGACAACCAUAAGGGAGAGGUGUGGCCCGAAGAGCAGUUCAACGCCAGAAGACUUUAUGUUUCGAUCGAAUCCCAUACCGCCCGCACUAUCGUCGGCCCAGAGUCAGGUCCGGCAAUCUUUCAACUUUAUAGAAACGGUCCCAAACCCAGACUCAUUCCUAAAUGCUUACGUGGAACUUGAUCUUAUUCUGCACAAAACACUAUCUAACCUCUAUUCUGCACGACCCGUUAUUCAAUCAUGGAAGCGUAUGCAGAAAGAGAUAUCCUCGUUAACCGCAGAACUGAACGAAUGGGCUCUGCAAGCACUUCUGUAUGGUUCAUUCAGUGCAGCAUCAAUCGCGGAGCCUGGCCUAGGACGGGAGCAAUCAGUGCUCCAUUUCUAUUACUUGAGUGUUAAGAUCUGCAUUACUCGACCUUGCCUGUGCAGACGGGACCUACGCCCAAAAGAUCAAAGCGAAGAGUCAGCCGAGUUUGACCGGAGGACAGCCGAAGCCUGCGUUCAGGCCGCUCUAGAUUUGGCAUUGUUCCUGCCUGAACCCUUUAGUCCCCGAUGGAUCUACGAGAAAGGACCGUGGUGGUCGAUUGUACACAUCAUUAUGCAGGCUAUAACGGUGCUCCUCCCCGAAUUGGCGCAGGGAGCGAUUCAUUGGCCAACAGAUCCGUCGAACAUCGCCACAUGUGUGGAGAAACUCACUCGAUGGCUGAAUGCCAUGAAGUCCAAUGAUGUCGUUAGUGAACGUGCAUACAACAUCGUACGCAAGAUGCUAGGCAAACAUGAACAAUUUAGGGAAGAUGUCGCGACUGGUCAAUGGGCAACGGAGAUGGGGGAACAACCCUACAACGAGCCAGUGGCCGCAUCCUAUAUGGCUUCUCAACCGUAUAACAACCUAGAUCUCCAGUAUCUGCAAAAAACCACCUGCCUCGACACUUGUUUCAACGAUGAUUAUUACUCUCAAGCUAACAGCGAGAAAUUUGAUCUCAGCUCCCAGGCAUGGCCUCUCAACAAGCCCCCUGCAGACUUUCUGCUCGGCCAGGCACAGUUACCGUUGUUUUUUGGGGAUCAUUCCAUGGCAAACUUCGAUCAAGGGACAGACUCCUACUGCUUGGACAAUUAUACCUAACACGGACAUUAGUCCCCACAAUAGGAUCGCGGCCAACGUGUGUAGUGGUGUCGGCGAAAGGCAAGCUAGGCA